AUGGUCACUCCUUUGAAUAAGAGCGCAAGGAAAAUAUCCACGCUCUUCUCUUCUGGAACUUCACGGGACGACUCUGACUCGGUCUUAUCACGUUCAAGCACCUCUUCACACCUGCGCGGCUCACCGCACGACUUCCCUGGCGCAGGGUUGGGGUCAAAUGCAUCAUUACCUAAAUCUGCUUCUCUCUCAAAAAUAGCGGGCCACAGAGCGCAUACCCCGAUCAACUCCCAUACCCAAAUAAUGCCACCUCCAAUCAGUACCGCUCCGCUCUCUCCCCUUGUACCACCUCCUGCGCUUGUCAAUUAUGGCCAACCAAGAUCAGCAAGCAGCCAUGGCUCUGGCCGUAGCAAACCUAGCAGUCGAGCAGCCAGCCGAGAGGGCAGCAGAAGUCGUCCAUCAACUCCAACCACGAUGGGUCCUCCCGGAAGGGCGAUCUCGCCCAUCGCAAGAACACAGACCGCAUCUCGAGAUAGCAAGCUUUCAAAGAGACACAGUUGGCUUCCGAAAAAGCUGGGUCAUGGGCCAGAUGAGCUGGGAAGUCAGGAACCAAAAGCAUGGAUUGCUGGAUUGCAGGAGCAUGUACCAUACGAUUUGUCGCCUAUUUUCCGUGGUGAAAAGAUAACGGAAUUGUGGAACGAUAAAGCCGAUACCUUUAUUCACCUCUUUCCUCCUAAAUCUAAGAGAGGUCCUUCAUUUAAAAUACCUUCAGUGUUGUUCUCCAGCUCAAGGAGCUUGAUCCACAAAUCUCGCAGUAGCAGUCGAUCCAGUCCGGACCUCAAUCGUUUCUCAAUGGACUCGCGAGCCCUAAACGCAGCUACUCAACAAUUAUCUAUCAGCGAACGCGACGGCUACCUAUCACCUCGAGGCUCCGCUAGGGGUAGAUCAAAUAGUAGCACUGGCAGCUCUGCCAGUGUGCGUCUGGUGUAUGAUUUCCAGGACGAAGCAGUCGAAGAGCAACAUCUCUACAUGCCGCUCGAGCUGGAGACCGAUUUGUCGGUUCCGAACAGUCGCUUCACCUCAGAUGACAUGGAGCUGCUUGUUCUAUACCGGAACUUUUUUGCGUUCCUCGCUGGCGGUGCACUGGUUGCUACACAGAGGCAGUCUUCAUUAUACUCAAUCUUUCUUGGAAUUAGCAGCAUUCUGUCACGGUUUGACUUUUCAAACCUGGACGGGUCUACCUUUGGUGAGGUUGUAUCAAGCAGCUUCACGAGGUACUGUGAGGAACUGCGACUGGCAGAUGUUCGGGCUAGUCGAGAAAAGACAAUCGAAGCAAUCGUGCUGGGUGAGAAGAUGAAAUCGUGGUCAUUGUACAACGAAGGUUUUGUGCACGGGGCUGGCAAACUUAGCCACGUGAAGAGUCUCAAUUCUCCCAAAUACGCCCAGGUAUCUCCGAUCACUCGCAACCGGUUAGAGCGGGCAGCACUUGAUCUUGAAGGUAGGAUCCGAACCAUUCAAACAAAGCUAGAGGACUUCGAGUUCCCGUCAAUGUUCGCCGGCAUUGCCAACUCACAGAUGGCAGUCGAGGCCAAGAUGAUACGAUUUAAAGCCUGGAAGACGGCCUUUUUCAAUAUGAGGAAACACGUUAUCGCCCACUACCGGCAACGAUAUGGUGCAUGGCCGCCUAAAGCCAAGUCAAAGAAGAACAAUUUUGAGGAAAGUGGUCUGAACAGACUUUUGUUGAAAGAGGUCUAUCAAGACUUUACAGAUCUUUACGACAUGCUUGCCGACCGAACACAGCUGACAAAUCGUACGAUUGAUAUGGCUGCUCCAGACGACAACUAUGACUUCAAUGAUACAAAGGAAUCUAUGACCCACGCAAUCCGUCGUGUUGAGUCCGAAUACGAUCGAAGUACGCCGCCUGUGCAACCCCCAAUCCCUUUCGAUACGCCCCUUUUCCCCAGUCUCUCGACUUCUUUCCACCGUGGCCACGUUACCGACCCUAGCAGAGACGCGAAAGAACGCACCCGCCGCCUCCGCGACAACGAGGUCAAUGAGCUACUCCUCGGAUCCUACAACCGGGAAAGCAUAAGAGCAACCCCGUUCUUAGAAGACUUCCUCCGCCUUGAACGUCGGUCCGGGCACAACAGCACCAUCGGCGAAAUUGUCGACACACGCUGCGGUCAGUGGAUCUUCAUGUACGCUGUACUCCAAUCUUUGCCCAUGGUCGUUGUCGAUGCCCGCGACGUCCAAUUCUCCGAGGGUGUGGAAUACUUCCUCUGUGUGCCACCACGGGGUGGCCGUCCCUGGAUGAAAGAAGAUACCUCCCAGAGCCGCAGCUGGUACAACGUCUCGUCAGGGGGUGGUCUCGUUAGUCUGCCAGCCGACACGAUCGACCACUCAGUCGAGGGCAUCUAUCGACGUAGCCACUGCUGGACCGUCGCGGCGCAAUGGGCCACAGCAUCCGAAGCAAUGAGCCCCACCACGCAGGUCUCGCUCGGCGCGGCGCUGCCCCCUCCUCCUGUUGUGGGCGGCUCACGAAUCCCCACCCAGGUCAACAACCCGAAUUUCAGCCCGGCUUUCACGCCCGUCCUGUCCGCUAAUGAGCCUCUCCCAAGUCUCACUGCCCAGAAUAGAAAAUCCCGCAGUUUCAGCUUUGGUCUCGAGGCCCUACCCCUACCUCCCGGGGUUGCGCCAGAUGGGUCAAGAGCAGCUAGGCCCGUUAGUAUGCACGACCCGUCUAAGACUUUUGAUUCGAUCCUUGCGGGCGUGCAGCCGGCGAAUCAGAAGAAGGGGAAGAAAUAA